UUUUAUUUAUAAGAUUUUUUUCAUUUUCAUUUUUGUACGUGAAUAAUUAACUUUUAACUUUUUUAAAAUAGAACUUGAAACAAUUUUUCAAAACAAACAUUCAAUCUUAAUAGAAUAACAUAAACUAAUUCUUACAAAAAUGCUCAGGUAUCACUAUUUUUCUAUCAAGUUCAACGUGGUAGAGAUCAUAACCGUCACACCUCUUCAUAAUUAAUUAACGAAUGCGAUACUAUCCAUACUGUAGUUAGUUGAAUAUAUCCACGUAAAAUAGAUAGUGGGUAUGAUGUUAAAUCCUAAAGAGACUCCUAAUGAUGACAAAACUCGGCGUAACAUUACUGGAAGAAGUGUGAACCAGAAAAUUUGGCCUUUCUUGGAGAUUACAUCUAAAGAAGAAACUACUGAACCAGUUCUUUGUUCUUUUCACCAACCAUCAACUAAUUCGAAUAGAAUAGUGAAGCCAUUCUUAGAGAGAAGUGAAAUAAACAGUCGACGUAGUGAUUUAGAGAAUGACUUAGAAUGUUUUCAUUGUGCCAUGGGAGCAAUUUUAGGAAUAGCUCAACUAUUUGGAGUACUACCACUUUCCGGAAUAAGGUCGUCUUCACCCAAGAAACUCAGUUUCAAUUUACGUUCUUCUAGAACUCUUUACAGUUUUUUUAUUAUGUUUUUAUUAAUAUUUAUGGCAGUGGUAUCUUUAAUGCAUAUGAUAAAAACAUUAAGGGCUGAUACAUUUGGCAAACAUGGUGGGAUUGGAGCUGCAACAGCAGGUGCCAUCUUCUAUGGUAACAGUCUUUUUGGUUUAGUGUUAUUCAUGUGGCUAUCCCCCCGGUGGAUUUCACUCCAAAAAGAAUGGCGAUCAAUGGAGCUUUAUCUUGGAAGGUGUAAACAAUCCAGACCUAGACUACGUUGGAAAUUUAAAUUGAUAGCAAUCAUUGUCAUGAGUAUUGCACUUAUUGAACAUAUUCUUAGUAUUAUUAAUAAUGUACCUGAAAAAGAUGUAGCGGCUUUAGAGAAAAAUGCCACUUGGAAAAGUUAUUUAAGAAUCUAUACAAUCAAUUCGCAUGGUUUUGUACUAACUACUUUUAAUUAUAAUAUUGGACUGGGUUUAUUUUUAUUUAUAAUAAGCAAAAUUGCUACUUUUCUAUGGAAUUUUACGGAUUUAUUUAUCAUGUUGGUAUCAACGGGUUUAGCAGAAAGAUAUAAACGCCUAAAUCAUAUUUUACUGAAGAGCUCCAAUACAAAAAUUGCGAAUUUAGAUUGGCGUGAGUUUAGAGAAUAUUAUGCCUCUCUUAGUGCAUUAGUAAAACGGACAGAUAAUGAUAUUUCUCCAAUUAUUUUACUAUCAUUUGUUAAUAACUUAUAUUUUAUUUGUCUUCAACUUUUAAAUGGCUUAUCGAUUGAAGAUAAUGGACUGUUAAAUUCAGUAUACUUUUUUUUUUCUUUUGCUUUUCUCGUCGGAAGAACAGUUGCUGUGACUUUAUUUACUGCUAGGAUAAAUGAUCAAAGCAAGAUUGUGCUGCCAGUACUCUACAAUUGUCCUGGAUCGAAUUAUACCAUCGAGAUUCAACGAUUACAAUUCCAGCUCACAAGUGAUGAUAUUUGUUUAACAGGAUUAAAGUUUUUUUCCAUUACUCGAAAUUUUAUGCUUGCGGUCGCUGGUGCUAUUGCUACAUAUGAAGUUGUUUUACUACAAUUCAACGUGGCUAUGAAUCAAUGAAAACUCAAUGAACUUCAAAUGUUUCUACAGAAAACAAUGAGUAUAGUACUGUAUACCGAUAAUUCUUUGAACAAUGAAAUAAAUCAAAAUAGUAGAAUUUUAAAAAAUACUAGUAUGAAAAUGUGGCCUUUUGUGGAGAUGCGGAAUAAAGUAGACUCUGGUAAUCCAGUGUUUUAUUCAUUCAACCAGCCAUCAGCAGCAAAAUCACGUUUGGAAACAACUGAAGAAAAUACAAACGAUAAAGCAACAAAAAGUGAUCCAGAAUAUUUUCAUUGUGCAAUAGGUCCAAUUUUAGGAGCAGCUCAAUUAUUUGGAGUAUUACCACUUUCUGGAAUAAGAUCAUCUUCACCACAAAAACUCCAAUUCCAGUUAUAUUCAUUCAGAACUCUUUACUGUGCAAUUAUGAUAGUUUUAUUGAUCUUCAUGACAAUCACAUCAAUAUUGCAUAUGUUUAAAAAUUUAAAAUCAGAUAAAAUUGGACUUAAUGAUGGAAUUGCAGCAGCAACAGCAGGUGCUAUCUUUUAUGGAAAUAGUCUUAUCGGUUUGGGAAUGUUCAUGUGGUUAUCACCCCGAUGGAUUUCACUCCAAAAAGAAUGGCGAUCAAUGGAGCUUUAUCUUGGAAGGUGUAAAUCAUGUAAACCUAAACUUCGUUGGAAAUUUCGGAUCAUAACAGUUGUUAUUAUGGGUACUGCCCUUUUGGAACAUGUUAUUAGUAUUAUUGUCAACAUACCAGAUAAAGACAUCGCUGCUCUUAAUAAAAGUACAACCUGGGAGGAUUAUGUGAGAAUUUAUUCUAUUAAAUCUCAUGGUUUUAUUCUUUCAAGUCUUGAUUAUAAUAUUAGCCUGGGAAUAUUUUUAUUCAUCAUCAGCAACAUAGCAACAUUUACAUGGAACUUCACAGAUGCAUUUAUUAUGCUAAUAUCAACAGGUUUGGCAGAACGUUAUAAGUAUUUGAAUAAUGUUUUAUUGAAUUAUUCUGAAGAAAAAGUUGCUACAUUAGAUUGGCAUGAAUAUAGAAAAUAUUUUGCCUUGCUAAGUUCAUUAGUAAAAAGAGUCGACAGUGAUAUUUCACCAAUCAUUUUACUGUCAUUUAUGAACAAUUUAUAUUUUAUAUGUCUUCAACUUUUGAAUGGUUUCUCAUUCGAUGAGACUGGAGUGUUACGAUCAAUUUAUUUUUACUUUUCUGUCAUUUUUUUGGUCUGCAGAACAAUAGCUGUGAUUUUACUUACUUCUAGAAUCAAUGAUUACAGUAAAAUUGCUCUACCAGUACUUUAUAAUUGUCCUGGAUCCAAUUUUACAAUUGAGACCGAACGACUGCAAUUUCAACUUGUCACUGAUGACAUUUGUCUAACAGGUUUAAAGUUUUUUUCCAUCACCCGAAAAUUCAUGCUUGCGGUUGCUGGUGCAAUUGCUACUUAUGAAAUUGUACUUUUACAAUUCGACGUCGCUAUGCAUAAAUGAAAAGUAUUGGUAAGCUUUUUUAUGUGAAUGCCAGAGAUAAUCUUUUAAUUUGUUUAUGUUGUA